AUGGAUCAUUUUAGUCAUGCAUCUCCAAAAAGCUUCGAUCUUGGAAAAAAAGGAUUUCUAAGGUAUGAAGAGUAUAAAGGAUAUUGCUUGAGCAUCUUUAAACAACCACUUGAUAAAAAUAACAUUGGUGACAGAAUAUCUUUUGAUCAAAUACGAUUUACAGAGGGAGAGGCACAUAUAGAUGCUGUCUUUGAGUUCUUCUCUCAGGGGCAGCAGCACAUAUCACUCCAAACACUUAGAGAUGCUGUCUCAAAGCUAGACUUAAACAUCACAGAUCCUGAGAUGGAAGGUAUGAUAGAUCUUCUCAGUGUAAAUGGACUUAUAUCCAAAAAUGAGUUUUCACAUGCAUUUGGAUAA